AUGGAGUGGCAUCCACAAGACGAUCAAUUGAGGCAGUUGGCCUUCUGUCUCCGAGACUCCUUAAAUGGGAUGGAUCGCAUGGCUCAGAGACAGGCUGAACAGAUGCUGGUACAAGCAACCUCCUCCCCUGAUUAUGUCAAUUACAUCACCUACCUCUUCUGCACCCCGCAAGUUCCUCCCGUCGUGGGGAUGGAUGAGGAGACGUACGGUGUCGUCCGCGUCGCCGCCGCCAUGAACCUCAAAACGAAAAUUCGCUUGGCCUACACCACUAUCCCUCCGCCCUGUCUAUCCUACAUCCGCUCCGCCACCAUAAUCGUCCUUCGCGACACGAACAAACAAGUGAGCAACUCCGCCGGAAGCAUCAUCACCGAGUUGGUGCAGCAGGCCGGUCUUCUGGCCUGGCCCGAGGUCCUUCACGAGCUCCUCACCCUCGUCGAUAAUACCCCCGGCGACGUCCCCGCCCUCGCCCAGGAGGCCGCCAUGUCCGCCCUCGCCAAGGUCUGCGAGGAUAACAGCAAGAUCCUGGAGCGGGACUACCAGGGCCAGUGCCCCCUGGAUGUCCUCAUCCCUAAACUGCUUGAAUUCACUUCUAACCCCAGCUCCAAGGUGCGCACCAUGGCCCUCAGUACCAUCCACAUCUUCCUGCCGCGCCGACCCCACGCCUUGGUCGCCUCUAUGGACCUCUUCCUGUCGCAGCUCUUCCAAAUGGCCAACGACUCCAACACCGAAGUGCGUCGCACCGUGUGCCAGACCUUUGCCCAGCUGGUCGAUUUUGCUCCGGAGAAGCUCAUCCCCCACAUGGAAGGACUGGUCAACUAUAUCAUCAUGCAGCAACAAAAUCGGGAAGAUCCGGAGCUGGCGCUGGACGCGGCAGAGUUUUGGCUGGGAGCUGGGGAACAGGCGAGGCUGCAACAGGCCUUGGCACCUCAUAUGCCCAAGAUCGUGCCCGUGUUGCUGCAGAGUAUGGUCUAUGAUGAGGAUGACGCCAUCCGCUUGGCCGGGGAAGGCGAUGACGCCGAGCUGGAAGAUCGCGCCGAGGACCUCAAGCCACAGUUCGCCAAAUCGAAAGGCGCUCGUCUGGACACGUCGAAGCCGGAAGAUCAAGCGAACGGCAAUGCGCCCGCGGAAGCGAACGAUGACGAUCUGAGUGAAGGCGAGAUUGAAGACUCCGAGUUUGGGGACGACCCCGAGGACGAGUGGACCUUGCGCAAAUGCUCCGCUGCCGCGUUGGAUGUCUUCUCUAACGUCUACCACCAGCCCAUCUUCGAGAUCAUCCUGCCCUACCUGAAGGAGACGCUCCGCCACGAGCAGUGGCCGCAACGGGAGGCCGCGGUCCUGACGCUGGGUGCUGUGGCGGACGGAUGCAUGGACGCGGUGACCCCUCACCUCCCCGAACUGGUUCCCUACCUCAUCUCGCUCUUGAACGACGCACAGCCGGUGGUUCGGCAGAUUACCUGCUGGUGCCUCGGUCGCUAUUCCGAGUGGGCUUCGCAUUUGAGUGAUCCUGCCGAACGGGCACGCUUUUUCGAGCCUAUGAUGGAAGGUAUUCUGCGUCGCAUGUUGGACGGGAACAAGAAGGUCCAGGAGGCCGCUGCCUCUGCCUUUGCAAGCCUAGAGGAGAAGUCGGACGCCAACCUGAUCCCGUACUGCGAGCCGAUCCUGAGACAGUUCGUGCAGUGUUUUGGAAAAUACAAAGAUCGGAACAUGUACAUCCUGUACGAUUGCGUUCAGACCUUGGCCGAGUGUGUCAUGCAGGAGCUGGCCCAGCCCCACCUGGUGGAUAUUCUGAUGCCGGCUCUGAUCGAUCGCUACAACAAGGUGGCGGAUCAGUCCCGCGAGCUGUUCCCCUUGUUGGAGUGUCUGGGAUACAUCGCUGCGGCAUACGGGGAUGCUUUUGCGCCUUUUGCCCAACCGCUCUUCCAGCGCUGCAUCAAGAUCAUCUACGAAAACCUGCAGGAGUACAUGGCAUCGGUGAACAACCAGGCCAUUGAUGAGCCGGACAAGGACUUCCUGGUCACUAGUCUGGACCUUUUGAGUGCCAUCAUCCAGGCGAUCGACCCGCAGAAGAGCGGCGAGCUGGUGGCCAACUCCCAGCCCCGCUUCUUCGACCUUCUUUGUUUCUGUAUGGAGGACCCGAACUAUGAGGUGCGCCAGUCGUCGUACGCCCUGCUCGGAGACUGUGCGAUCAACAUCUUCCCCCAGCUGGAGGCCUUCAUCCCCCAGAUUAUGCCGACCCUCGUCAAGCAGCUCGAUCUCGACCUCAUCCGCGACGAGGAUCGCCACACCGGGUUCAGCGUUCUGAACAACGCGUGCUGGUCCUGCGGCGAAAUUGCCGUCAACGAAAAGGCCCAGCUGUCGCCGUAUCUGGAGAAGCUGUACGAGCGGUUGUGCAUUAUCAUCAACAACGAAGAGAUCAUCGAUUCGGUGAACGAGAACGCGGCGAUGGCGUUGGGACGGCUCGGUAUCUGCUGUUCGGAUCAGCUCGCCCCGCGUCUGGGCGACUACGCCGGCAUCUUCCUCAAGUCGAUGAGCCGGAUCGAUUUCACGCGGGAGAAGGCGUCCGCGUUCCUCGGCUUCAACCAGGUGGUGAUGAAGAACCCGCAGGCGAUGGAAUCCAGCCUGGCGGAAUAUUUCCGGGCCAUUGCCUCAUUCCCUGGCAAGUCCCUCCACCAGGAGGACUACCGUGACAUUCAGAGCUCUUUCCAGCAAAACUAUAUCCGGCAUUUGUUAGUCAUUGAUUGA